CAAGCAUGAAAAUAUCACACAAGAAGUGACUUCUUUUUAGUCUUGAAGAAAGACGAUAGAAUGUCCUCGUCUUCGAAGUCUGCUCUUGCCUCCACAUCGUCAAGAAUGAAGCUUCACCUUCUGGAGCAAGUCAUUCGUCUGCCUCUGCUCUACUUGCUUUCUACCGCACCAAGCUUCGUGAGAAGUGCGUGUCCUGGAAAUGGCGAUGCUGGAAAGUGUAUCGAAGAAGCCUACGAUCCCGUCUUUUCGAACUACGGAGGCAACCGUAAUGCCGCGUCUCAUCUCUGGGUACUAGCACAUCCCGCUUGUUUUUCCCCAAAGCCAUAUCCAAAUUCGGCACUUGCAAAUUAUUCCAUUGCUGAAAUUGGAACAGCACCAUCUCCUUCUGUUCCAUUUCCAUUUGAUUUUUACCCAUAAGGCCGAUGAUCAAACUAUCAGGGACUAUGUACUUAUCUUGGACCACUUAGGAACAGGAGCUGAUAGCCGAAAGCUUCUCAACCUCCUCAACAAGUUCGUUAAAUCAAUGCCUUACACUCUUUGGCUUUAAAGUUUCUUUACAUACAUUUACAUACCCCCAUACCUCAACCUCUUGCUCUAGCUCUUCACCUUGAUGUUUUCCAGUUCGCCCACCUCUCGCAACUGUACGAAGCUGGCACAGUCAACAAGACUCGAUUUCUAGAACUCAGUCGGAACUAUUGCGCAGUUUCCGGUAGUCCUCUGAGCGGAGGUGGCGCCGAACUGGAGUGGACUAGUGUUAUGACUUCCCCUAAUCCAUGUCUAUACUAGGGACGAUCCCUCAGCCGCAAUCUUCUUCUUGUUUCUUGAAUUUUUGUAGAAUACCUAAGAGAAAAGGCGUGUCAAAUUGAUUCCGCGCGCAAGGGUUCUGGGUUGCGUGGGCUGCUUCGGUCUUUGUUCCUCUCCGUCAUCUCGACGGCGGCCGCCAAACGGCGGGCGUUCCGUGCCUCAGUCGCUUCUUUUUGUUUUCUCUUAAGUUUCUACUCUGCCUGUGGCUGUGCUGUUACCAAGGAGGGGUCGCCCAAGGGGCGGCCCCGGUUUCUUGUUUCUACAAUAGGGGCGAUCCUAUCAGCCACAGGGGUCUCCCUAUAUAAGGGAAUAUUCUUGCGGGAUCUCCACAGGGAUGAGCUAGGGAUAGCUCUAAUACGGGAGAAACAGUGGCGAGAAACAAGCUAAUGAAAGUAGACGGGAGUUUGGCAAUGAGUGGCUUCACACAUCAUUGCUGCUCACCAUGUAAAUGCGACAUGGCGACGUAUGUUAAGGCUCCGGAUCAGCGUCGGCCUUUAUCGCUCAAUUGAGUAGACCCAGACUCAAAUGCAACAUAUUAUUUUGUGAUUAUAGAGAGUGAGACUGAGAGAGUUUCUAGAUGAGAAGACCUCCAGGGCAGAUGGACGACAUGCGGCGCCUAUAGAAGUUGGCGGAUCCUAAUAUAAAUUUAAAUGGCCACUAGUAGUUUACUUUUUUACCUAUAAUGCUCAUGCUGUAGCUUCAAAUAUUGACUUUCUUCUUUUUUGGUUCUUUCACAGUUAGGUUGGCUCCGCCACUGGUAUAGAGUUACUUUUGGCGAAUCUCGACCGAGAAUUACAGAUGAAAAUCCUAUACCGCUAAUCUCUUCCGCGUAGACACAGCUACGGUAAAAGGAGAAACGAUGAACGUCCUGGUCAUACGAGACCCCUGUAACGCAAAAAAAGUACCUGCAAGCACGAUUUGUGCAACAAGUAGAGAGGCAGAGGCUGCUGUUAUGUUGGAUAGAUACUUUGGUCAUUAUAGAUGUUUUUUCAUGGUGAUUGGAAGAAAAAAUGCUGAUACACUUACCGUUUUCCUCAACUGUUGCUGCUGAUGAAGAUGAUGUCGCUGAAGAUCGAGAAUGCAACGCACACGUAGAUUCUAGCGGAAAAUUCAGGACGAGGACCGAGGACCGUAAAUUCUCUAAAAGUACCUAUACAGAAAGAGCAGCUGCAACGACUGAGGCCUCAGGCGUCUCCCUGGCGUCAGUAUCCUCUCAGACGUCCUCCCAAGAUGAUGAUACUUCUGUGCCUGCUCGCGCUUCUGAUGAAAAAGGCGGUCCCCAAAAGCGAAGUCUUGUUAAACAAUGGAGAAAGUCAGAGUUACCAUCUGCAACCACCAGACGUCGCGUCAGUACUGGCUCCGGAGACCUGACCUGCAGCGAGAUCUUCACCUCUUUGCAAGGAGAAGCACCAGCUAUUCGAUGUGAUACCGCAAACAAUAACAAACUGAAAGGCGCAAAAUUUUCGGAUAGUGGACAUCCGAUCAUUGGAGUGCUUUUUCCCACGCAAAUGCGAGGCACUCCAGCUGGAGGGCAAUACACAGCAGCGCAAUGGGAUCAGGAAGCAGGAUGUGAAGAAUAUGGAAAAUACAGGGAAAAGAUCGAUUGAAUUGUAUCUUCAUCUUGUUCAGAUUUUUACUAUAGUAGUGGUACAGGUACUAAUUUAGUGUGCUUUUAAUAUAGGACCUCGCACUCGAACUCGUUUUCACACAUUAUAGCUACUCACUCAUUGUCAUUUGAUAGUUGUCAAUACUUAACGUUUCUAGACGCAGACGUAGACCGAGACAUGAUUCUUAAGUAGAUUCUGCACCCUUCAUCCCCCACGUACGUCAUCUGCCAAUGGCCAGUGCGCGGCGACUGGUAUGGGAACGAUCUUUAUUCAAGCGGCUUGUCUCGGCUUUUCCGGUGUCACGGAUACACAAGGCUGGAGUAAACCUGAAGAAUGCAACAGCCAGUUCCUUUGCCAACAGGGUGUGCAAUUCACUUCUAGUCUCGUAGAAACUGGAAGUAGAACGAGUACACGUGGAAGAACAAGUGGUCUUGGCACAUCUUCUUCCCAUACUAUGGCCAGUUUCGCACACACUGGCAGAAAGCAUGACGUUUUUCGUAGUACGCCUGCAAGGGCAGGUGCGCUUCUGAGAGGACGAUCGACAGGAGACGACCGUUCUUUCAUAGAGAUUGCGUCAAGUUUUUUGGAAAAUGUCAAACACAAAAUCGUCGAUUCGUCCUCGUCUUCGUUCUCUUCUGGUACUACUGGGACUGAGAUGCCGAUGAAUAUGAAUGGUGUUAAGGAAGAACAACAAAGCGCUGCAAGUAGUGGAGGAGGCUCAUCUUCCAAAGCCACUAGCGCCAACUCUGGUCAGCAUGAUCCAACUGCAACUGCUACGCCCGAUGGCGGUUGGGAAUUCAUCCUUAUGGGUCAAGCUACUCCCUAGUCGGGCUCAGGCCUAUUCAAAUAAGUAGAGGAUCAAAGAAGUCGUGCAACUGCAAGCAGGAAUCUUCUUCUCCGUAGAUUAAGUAGGCUGCUCUAACAUUUGUCGACGUAUGGCCGGUUUGGAUACUUAUAGUUAUAUCCGUCGACAAUUGGGUUUCGGAGGUUCCGCAACGACUACCACAACAACUCUGUUAAUCGAGCUUCCGACGGGUUGCGGUCCAAGAGAUAAGCGCUGCUUUAACCUGUUUAAAGCCACAACAGAACACGCAGUCAAGCAGCGCAUAGUAGAACUCAGUAUUGGAGCAGGAGGAAAUCAUGGAAGUAGCGAUACCGCUAGAUUCAACAUCGAUGACUACAACACAUUCGACAUUUUACCUCUAGGUAAAGAGGUGCAGAAGUACUUUCACUCGCAGGCAGCUUUUUCUUCCUCAUCCUUGGCUCCUGGUGAACAUCAGAAAAUCAGCGGUCCUCUCAGCGACCAUGACGGAACUACCUCUUCCCCAUCUUUAGAAGCCUCAUUUCCAUCUGCCUACAUCCUCCUGGCCAUGCUGUUGAUUACGGCGGUGGCAGUACGCAGGGUCUGGUCGUCUGGUGCGCGUAUGCUAAGUAAGAACAACAGAGGUCGUGGAGCAAUAACCUCACAAAGCAACAUAGAAGAAGAUGCUAUGCAGACCACAACCACAUCAAAUCAGACGAAUACUACUAGAGUUUCUUGCGACUCAUCCAUAGACAGCGGAUCAUCAGUCGGGAGUGAGGGUCAAGGGCGGAGGAGCUUUCGAACGCUGAUUGGGGCGAGGCCGUAAGUGGGUUUUUCGAACACGCGGUCACAGUAUGUUUUUUUGUAGAAAGAAAACUGAAAUAUUUAUAGGAAUAACCAUCAGAAAUAUUUCGGAAAAAGAUAAAUUGAUCAUGGUAUUUCGUUUGGAGGGAUCAUAUGUACAAUUUCACUCUUUUUUUUCGUCAAACAUCAAAUAAAAGCAAUGCACAUAGUCCGUGUAGAUCUAGUAGAGCAGUGAAGCUGAGAAGUAGUUGUUGCUUUUUUGAAGAUCAUUCCUUCAUCCAUGUGGUUCUUUGUACAAAACUCGUUGGGAUAGAAGUCAGAGAUGCUGGUAAACGUCAACCUUUUACCCGAUAUCGUGUGCCGUAGCCGUUAUCUCUGUAAUAUAGAUUUAGAUACAUAAUCAGAAAUAAAUUCUCGAGAAGAACCUCCGAUCGUCCUUGAGGACCUCUUUUUCCAAGAAAUAUCUAUAUCACCCGUAUACAGUUAUCCCGUACAACAGUCCCGCGAUGAGAAGUACUAGAAACCGAAGCAGAUUGAGUAACCUGAUUGUUCACUGUCAGGGAAGAACUACACCACGCAACAGGAUGCACUCUCGUGCUUCACUUCAUUUUCGAUGCUGGAUCUUCUCAUAACUUCCGAC